AUGGCCUCGCCGACCACCACGCCCCGGGCUGUCCAGCCGAGCAUCAGCCGGGUCACCAGUGACUUGGCAGACUUGGACGAGGCCAAGUACGAUGUGCGGACGCUGGAGCGACUCAAGGGCUUGGUCCUUGAGAAGCAGCAGUGCGUAGAUUCGGAGGACUACACAGGCGCCAAGCGGUGCAAGGAGGCCAUCCUCAUGUUGCGGAAGACAGGCCUAACGAUCUGCGACCUGGAAGAGCAGAAGAAGGUGGCGGUGGAGAAUGAGGAGUAUGAUGUGGCCAAGUCCUUGAAGUCGGAGAUCGACCGGCUGAGACAGCAAUGCGAGCGAGCAGGACAGGAGCCGGACUCUGCACCUCCCGCACCCGCGCCCGCGAAAGCCGCGGCGAAGCGCCCAGAGCGGCCGGAGCGGCCGGAGCGGCCGGAGAGGCCGAAGGCUUCAGUAGAAGCACCGCGGGAGGCGGACCGGGACCGCGUGGAUUCCUCAAGCUCUUGGGCUGAUUCGGAGCUUCGGGCCAUGGCGCGGGUCUCGCUGUCCAGCGGCGCGGAGGUCGUGGCCGCUGCGGAGUUUGCCGCGUGGUGGGAGGAGCAGCGGGCGCGCCGGGAGGAAGGAGCUUGCUUCUUCCACGCGCUGCGCCGGGAAGUCGCUCGGCGCAUGGGGCUGCGCCACUUCCGGCAGCUCGCGUUGGUCUGUGAGGAGAAGAUCCUGGGGCCUGAGAGCCCAUGGAACAAGGACGACCCCCUGGUGGCGGUGGUCCGCCAGUUCGCUUCCGGCGACGAGCUGCUGGCGGCCGCCGAGGCGGAGGACGUGGAGCGCCUGGGCCGCGCCUUGGAUCGGCCCGCGCACCCCGACGCGGCCAGCGGCGGCGACGACGGCGAGCGCUUCAGCGCCCUCCACCGCGCCGCAGGGCGCGGGCACCUGCAGGUGGUGCAAUGUUUGCUGGAAGCUGGCGCCGACCAGGAUAAGAUCAUAGAUGGGAUGACUGCUCUGCAGCUCGCUGCCGGCGAAGGCCACGUGGAGGUGGUGCAGUGUUUGCUGGACGCGGGCGCCGACAAGAACCGCGGUACGACUGAGAGGGCCUUGACACCAAUGCAUCUGGCCGUAUCCCACGGUCAUACCGAAGUGGUGCAGCGCUUGCUGGACGCACGUGCUGACAAAGACCAGGCAGAGAAGAGCGGGAGCACUCCGCUGAUGCAAGCCGCAGUCCACGGGCACGGGCAAUUGGCGCGCACCUUGCUGGAGGCCAAGGCCAAUAUGAACAAGAGCGCUCACAACGGGCUCACGCCCAUGCACAUGGCCGCGUGCCAGGGGCACAAAGACGUCCUGCGAACACUGCUGGACAGUGGAGCAGACAAGGACACAGCCGCAAUCAGUGGGGAGACUCCACUGCUGUCCGCCUCCAAAGUGGGCCAUGAGCAGAUCGCCCAGUGCUUGCUGGAGGCUGGCGCCAACAAGGACUCCAGCACCGUCGAUGGAGUCACGCCGCUGCUGGGUGCCAUCGUCCAGGGCCGGAAGGGCAUGGUGCGCUGCCUGCUGGCGGCCGGAGCCGACGUCCAGAAGCGGAACGUCAUGGGGGAGACCUCUUUGCACGCUGCCGCAGCUCAGGGACACGAAGACAUCGUAAGUUGGCUGCUGGAAGCCAAGGCGCAGAAGGACCAGGUCUCCAAAAACGGGCUCACGGCUUUGCACUUCGCCUGUGCGCAAGGCCAUCCCGCGGCGGCGCGGUGCUUGCUGCAGGCCCGCGCUUUGUUGGACGAGGUGAACAUCAACAAGAACACACCGAUGCACGUGGCGGCGGCGCAGGGAUAUGUGGAGGUGGUGCGUGCGUUGGUGCAGGCCAAAGCGGCCAAGGAUAAGCUGAACCGCGACAAGUUGACGCCACUCCACUUCGCAGCGCUCAACGGCCACGUGCAGGUGGUGGCUUGCUUGCUGGAGGCGGGCGCUGACAAGGACAAGCCCAACAGCGCGGGGCACGUGCCCUUGCAGACUGCUGCUGCAAAGGGCCACCGAGACGUGGUAUGCUGCCUCCUAGAUGCUUACAGCAACACCUGA